AUGCAGCAAUGGGCAAUCCGUUGCCUGCAGUUUCAUUGUCGGGAUGCGCCAGGUCAUGCAGAUCUGUUUGCCAGGCAGUAUUUAAACCUCGUGGUGGAUGUCAACGACCCGGAGACGUACGCAUUGUUGCGCAACGUCAACCGCGACGAGCCCGUCAGAAGAUUGCGGAAGGAGCUCUUCCGAGCUCAGCAAUGGGUCAAGUACACGACCGAAGACUACAGUGCGGCGGACACGGAGUACGACCGGGUCAGACGAGCACUUGACGAGGAGGACUCUCAGUUCCUUCUGCUGUCGAGGUUUGACGGUCGCGUCCCCACUGCGUCCGUGCGCACUGCCCGCCGCAACCUCCAAGCAAUCGUCGAUGCAUUAGACGAUCUUUUGGCGCUGGUGCCCACGGCUGACCAAGAGGCAGCAAAGACUGUGGCGGAGAGCAGGGUGAUUCCAACAGCCAAGCUGCCCCUUCGUGCUCGGAAGCCGCAGAAUGCCACCAACGCCACAAGUGCUGCUGCCCCAAAUGAAAGCAAAGAAAAGGACGACGACAAGAGCACCCCCAGCAACAGUGUGAACCUGGGCAAUGCAUCGUCCAUCCCGUUUGGAAGCAUGGCAAUGGAUACGAGAUCUGAUUGA